CGUCCCUGCGUGUCACCGUGCCAGGCGCGGCCUGCGGCGCAGGGACAGCUCGGAGCUGCCUCCCUUCCCUCAGGAGCCGUGUCCCCAACUCCUGCGGGACGUGUCCUGUGGCAGCAGCUGAGGCUGGCCCGGGAUCCUGCCUGGAGCUGUCGCGGUGGGAGAGAGCUCAGCGCCGGGGAUGUGAUCCAGGUCACACAAAGUCACCCUUGUCACAGGACCCAAAGCAGAGGCUCAUUCCCGAGUUUCUGCAGAAGUUCUGUCCUUCAGCUUCUUCUCAAGCAUGCAGUGACCACUGGUGGCUUCCUGCCUCAGGAACCAGGAGAGAAUGCUCCAAUGGAGAGCUUCCAGAAAUCCAUUUUACUUCCCCUCAUCCUGACUGCCUCGCUGCCAGGUCUGGGCUUUUGUUACUCCAUCACAAAAGGCCCUGAGAACGCCACAGUCCUGGCUGGCUCAGAGGCCAGGUUCAAUUGCACAGUGUCUGCAGGAUGGAAAAUCCUCAUCUGGCUCUUCCAGGGCAGUCCUGUCCUCACUGUCCUCAGCUCCCAGGGCUCUGUGGAAACCACAGAACGCUUCAGCUCCAGGAAUUACACCAAUGGGGAUGAGUUCACCUCGGAGCUGAUCAUCCACAACACCCAGCUGAGUGACUCUGGCAGGAUCGAGUGCAGCAUCCAGCAACCCAGCGAGAACAACUUUGCCUUUCUCUCUGUUCAAGUUAAUGGAUCUUUACUCAUCAAAAAUAGCACCUUAACAGUAAAAGACAACCAAACAAUUGAGAUUGUUUGUGAAGCCUUAGGAUGGGCCCCGGCUCCAGACAUUACCUGGAUGACAAAUGACUCUUUGAUUGAUAAGUCCAGCUAUGUUACCCAGCAAAGUCCAGGAUCUCAUGGCCUCCACAAUUCCCUGAGCACCCUAACUCUGACUCCGAGGGACACUGAGGUUUUGGCUUGUUUAGCUGACAUAGAAGCACUCCCCAGCCCUCAGAAUGCAACUGUAACUCUUAUUUUUGACAACUCUGACGCGGAAAAUUAUUACAGUGAAGACAACAGGAGCACGUGGGUUAUUGUACUUGCAGUUGUGCUUUCAUUUCUUGGCAUUGUUCUGCUGGUCGUUGUUGUUGUGGUUGCUGUGCGCUGCUGCCUGAAGAGGAAAGGAUCUACUUAUCAAAAUGAAAUAAGAAAAGUUUCAGCUGAGAAGAAAAAAGAAGGCGAUUUGGAAAACUGGCAGAGGAGUGGCAGUGAAAAUCUGGGAUACAUUCCAGAGGAAUUGUGGAACACAGAGCAAAGCCCAGGAAUUGCCUCUCUUCCCCCAAUGAUUUCCAGGUUUGCUGGCCCUGAUUACAAUUUGCACAUCACUUCUGUACCAAAGGUGCGGCCUCAAAGACGUACUGAUUAUCUGGUGAACCCAAAGAAAAUCAGGAAUGUGACACUCGUGUAGGACGGACUUCUCCAAGAAGUUGCUUUUUCACAUGUUUGGAUGCCUUCAUGCAAUGGAGAAAGGUUAAAACCAGUUCUCUCAGUUUAACUUAUAAGUUAUUUUUCUUUUUUUUUUUUUCCCUCAUGCAAUGAAAUAAAAUUGCAACCUUUGUAAUGAUAUCACAGCAAAAUAAUGGACAUAAAUGAAAUUAAUAGUCUGCCCUAAUUUUCAAGACAAUGAGUUUGAUGGGACUGUGGAAAAAGAAUCCAUGUUUUGGGUCUCAAGGAAAUCAGCAAAACUGUCAGACAGGAAUGCUGUGUUACAGCAAGAUCAAGGACUGGAAAUGCACGAUAUUUAUUAUUUCAGAAAAACUGGUUAAUGAUAAUGAUAAUGGUUAAUACAAUAUCUAUGCUUUCAAACAUAUUUUAUGUACAGCUGAUCAUCUUGAACUUUCAGAUCAACAUUUUUCCAUCCCUAUUCUGUAAUAAAAUCAAAGGCAGUUUUCAUCGGGGCUGCUUCAAAAUUUCUAACAAAACUAUCUUUGGAUCAGAAAUGACAUUUCUCCGUUUCAAUACAUUAUUUUAUGAGAAGUAUUUGCCUUAACAUUCCAUUUCAAAAUAAAACCCAAACACCCAUGUGCCAAAAAAAAAAACAACAAACCCUUUUCUAAAAAAAUUGAAAUUCAAAUAUCUUAAGCUGAAAAAUGUAGAUUUUAAACUCUUGACUUUGAAGAGUUGGUGCUUGAAUGUUUUAUGUCUCUGUUCUACUUAUGGGCUGAGUUGUGUCACAGCUAUGGUGAUUUCUGGAAUUCAGUGUGAACAGUGUUUUUUUCCUCAGGGAUAGAGUUGAUAAUGACCAUGGGAAAUGCACUUUACCAAAGCAACUUCUCAGCAGAGCAGAUCCAGCACAUGGACCAUAUCUAAAACUGAUGAAAUGUUUGGUCUGAAAUUUUCUAUUGCAUAAUAAAAAAGUUCAAGCUUA